AUCAUCUUUUGUAGUUCAUGCAUUCUCAUUCAACUUAGAGAAAAAACGAGGCGAGGUUACAAUCAAACGGUUUGUGUAUGA